AUGCAAGAAAACGAUGGAACUCUUGAAAAAUUGCAGUUUAUGCUCCUGUUCAGCCGGCAAGGCAAACUUAGGCUACAGAAAUGGUACGUCGCACACUCGGAUAAGGUGAAGAAGAAGAUCACCCGCGAACUGAUCACAACAAUCCUCUCGCGUAAGCCGAAGAUGUGUUCCUUCUUGGAGUGGAAAGAUUGUACGAUCGUUUACAAAAGAUACGCCAGCUUGUACUUUUGUUGCGCUAUCGAACAGAACGAUAAUGAGCUGUUAACGCUGGAAGUAAUACACAGAUACGUGGAGCUGUUGGACAAAUACUUCGGUAGUGUCUGUGAGCUGGACAUUAUUUUCAACUUCGAGAAGGCCUAUUUCAUACUAGACGAGCUGCUGGUGGGAGGCGAAAUACAGGAAACGUCCAAAAAGAACGUCCUCAAGGCAAUCGCAGCUCAAGAUGUGCUACAAGAGGACGAAACGCCACAAGGAUUCUUCGAGGAUCAUGGGCUCGGAUAG